CCUCCUCCUCCUCCUCUUCCCGAGGGCGGCGCCGCGCUCGUUGCUCGGGACGCCUGCGGAGGCCCCGUCCCACACCCGCCCCUCGGGGCGGACCUCGCCGUCCUCGGUCGGAGCAGGGCCAGCCGGCGGCUUCCUCCGCUCCUCCCCCUUCUCAGCCCUUGGUAGGAGCGGCGUGGCCUGCGGAGGACCUGCAGCAUGGGGGACACCCUAGACGAGCCCUGGUGGGAACCACGUGAAGGCAGCGGCAGCAGUCCAGGUCUGUCACCUGAUGCCUCUUCGGAAGAAUGUGCUGGCACAAGUAAAACAGAGCAGCAACAUACAACCCCUAUGCCACCUACUUCAAAGAAAAGAAAACAGGCUACAGAAUGUUUCCUCGGUGCAGAAAAAGAGGACUCUGCCGAUAAAAACGAAAGUGAAGCAAAGCCAAAGAGAAGAAGAAAGAAGAAAAUUUCUGAUGUUCUUUCAAAAUCAUCUCCAAAACCAGGAGUACCUGAAGACCUACAGAAACUUCUUAAGGAACAUUUUUGUGCUAAACGUUCAGUGAUUGAAUUAGAAGAAUUACAGUUGUCAGAUGCCUGUUUCCUCCCUGCAAAUGACCUCACCCACAGUUUUUCUUCCUACCUGAAAGAAAUUUGCCCCAAAUGGGCGAAGCUCCGUAAAAACCACACGGAGAAGAAGUCGGUGGUGAUGAUGAUAAUCUGCAGCUCCGCUCUUCGCUGUCUGGAACUCAUCAAGUCAAUGGCAGCAUUCAAAGGAGAUGGCAAGGUGAUGAAGAUGUUUGCAAAACACAUAAAGAUCCAAGAGCAGGUGAAGAUGCUGGAGAAAGGGGUCAUCCAUGUGGGGGUUGGGACACCUGGAAGGAUCAAAGCCCUCUUAGAGCAAGAUGGUCUUAGCAUGACAUCCUUGAAGUAUGUCAUCUUGGACUGGAAUUGGAGAGAUCAGAAGUUAAGAAGAUUAAUUGACAUCCCUGAGAUAAGGAAAGAAACCAUUGAACUUCUGGAAAUGGGACUGAUCAAACUGUGCAGAGGGGGCUCUGUGAAAGUGGGACUCUUUUAGAUAUGAUGUUUGCCCCUGAAUUCAACUCAUCCUUCAGUCUGCCCAAGUUGAGGCUGCUUUUUCAUUCUGAAAUGCAUAUAGUAGAAACCCUUUUGUCACCCUUAAUUCUUUUGCAAUAAAGCCAGCUUUUGUAUGGAGUCCUCUA